GCACACAUCAUCGUUGCCGGCAGCUCCAGCAUCAUCAGUAACAUCAGUGUUCAGUUUUCUCUCAGUUUGAUAAGCAACAAUUGUUGAAUUCGUGGCAAUUUGUUAUUAAAUGAUUGCUAUUCGAAUCAAAAAGUGACGUGCGGCCGCCGUUUAAUCGAUAUCGUGUGUUAACGUGCUUUUAAAAAACAAAAAAAACACACUUUUUUCAAUUGAAUAUAUAUUUGCAAAAAGCCACAAUAUGGCGGAAGAUCUGUCACCUGUGCAGGAAUACUACAAGGAUAAGACAGUGUUCAUUACUGGAGCCUCGGGCUUUAUGGGCAAGGUGUUGCUGGAGAAACUGCUCUAUUCAUGUCACUCCCUCAAGGAGGUGAUCAUUAUUGUGAGACCAAAGCGCGGCAAGGCUCCGGAAACUCGUCUCGAGGAGAUGUUCAAGCUGCCCAUCUUCCAGCGCAUCAAGGACGAACGACCUCAUGUACUGAAGAAGGUGUCCAUCUACCAGGGUGACGUGACCUAUGAUUCUCUCGGAUUGAGCGGCGAAAGCCUCAAGCAUGUGGUGGAUAAUACCAAUAUUGUCUUUCACAUGGCCGCUACACUGAAAUUGGAGGGCAAUUUGCGAGAUGCCAUCGAUAUGAAUCUAAUGGGCACUAAGCGAGCUCUGGACGUGGCAAAACAAAUGAAGCAGCUGGAGGCCUUUGUGCACCUGUCCACUGCCUUCUGCAAUUGCGACCAGGAGGUGAUGUACGAGAAGGUGUACGAGUUUCCGCACAAGCCCGAGGAUCUCAUGCGCCUGGCCGAAUGGAUGGAUGUGAAGACACUGGACGCCAUUACGCCCGAUCUGUUGAAGCCACAUCCCAACACCUACACCUAUUCGAAGCGUCUGGCCGAGCUGCUGGUGCGCGAUCAUUACGAAACCAUGCCCGUCAUCAUCGCUCGUCCAAGUAUUGUCACGCCUGCUGUAGCCGAACCGCUUCCCGGCUGGGUCGACAACAUGAAUGGGCCUGUGGGUGUAUUGAUUGGUGCCGGUAAGGGCGUCAUAAGGUCCAUGAUGUGCAAGGGCGAACUAAAGUCGGAGGUCAUACCAGUAGACAUUGCGGUUAAUGGAUUGAUUCUAAUCCCUUACCACAACAGUUUGGCGGAGCACAGACCAGCGCUGAUACCUGUCUACAAUCUGACUAUAUCGGAUGCCAAGAAGCGCACUUGGAGAUGGAUUAUGGAUGUGGGACGUGAUCUAGGCAUGAAGUACCCCUUCGAGAUGGGCUUGUGGUACCCGGACGGCAAUAUUACCGAGAGCAAGAUCUACCAUAUAUUCUGCACAAUUAUGUUUAUGUGGCUGCCUGCUUACCUUAUUGACUUUCUGCUGGCUAUCUGUGGACAAAGACGAUUUAUGGUUCGCGUACAAACAAAAGUGUCCGUCGGUCUAGAGGUUCUGCAAUUCUUUACUACACGCAACUGGGACUUCAAGUCUACUCAUUUCCAUCAGAUCUUUAAUGAAAUAUCUCCCAACGAUCGUAAAAUAUUCAAGAUCAACACUGACGAUGUCGAUGAUCACCAAUAUAUGCAUACCAGCAUACUUGGCGGCCGUCAAUACGUGAUGAGGGAGCCCUUAACCUCGUUACCAAAAGCUCGUAUGCAGUUGAGAUUUAUGUAUGUGUUGGACCGCACCUGCAAGAUAAUCAUUUUGGGUUGGCUAGCUUAUUGGGCAUCUCAAAAACUGGGUCUGAUUGAAUUAUUUCGACAUGCCAUGGACGUCGCAAAAAUUGAACUGACGAAUCCCUGGGCACAGAAGUGAUGGAAUUAUAAAUAUUUUACAUAAAGAACAUACAUUACAUAUUAUGGUUUAUGCAAUCUCGUCAAUGCACAUUAAAAAUUUUGU